AUGAUGGAUAUUUUGAAGAACAAAAGAAACAAGAUAAUUUUUUCUUCAGAUGAUGAAGAAAGUAAUGAUGAUAGUGAACAAAUAAAUACAGAUAAUAUUAGUAAAAAUGUACAAGAUAAUGCAAAUCCAGAUUUGGAUCCUAAUAAAAACGUUCAGGAAAAUUUUGAAGAGAACACGGAUAAUAAUAUAGAAGACUCACAUAUAUUAAAUAAAGAAAAUAUUCAGUAUAAAAGUGAUGAUAUUACUGCAGCUAGCCAAAUAAUCAAAAAUGAUAUGGAUGAAAUUAAUAUAAGUGAAAAUAGCUUACAUGAGAAAAGCAAGAAAAAGAAAAAAAAGUUGAAAAAGAAACUGGCCGAAGAUGAUGAUGAUAAUAAUAAUAAUAAUGAAAGAUUUCCUAAUUCGAACGAAAACAUAUCAACGAAUAAAUUAAAAAAAAAGAAUUUUAUUAUAAAUAAUAAUGUAAAAAAGCAAGAUAUACAUGACAACAUAGGUUACAGUCAUUCUAAUAAUUCACAUGAAACCGAUAAAGUAAAUGACGAGGAUAAAGAGGAAAAUUAUGAUGUCAAAGAUAGUAAUAAGAAAAAAAAAAAAAAAAAAAAAAAAGAAAUUACUCAGAAAGAGAUAGAUAAAAAUAAAAAUAGAGCAAAAUAUGAAGAUUCUAAAAAUGAUGAAAAUUAUAAAAAUAGUGAUGAUGAUAUAAAUAAUAUAUAUGAUGAAAAACAUCAAAACAGUGAUGAUAAAAACGAUGAUGAUUCUUUAAAUGAUAAUCCUGAUAAUGAUUAUGGUGCGAAUGAUGAUAAAGAAAAUAAUAGAACUUUUGAUGAAACGGAAAAUAACGAUUUUAAAGGAAAACGAAGAAAAACAAAAAAUUCUAAACUUAUGGAAGAUAUAAAUCCAAAUGAAGACAAAAAGAAGUUAAAAUCAAUACAAAUAUCUUUUUCAAAAAAAGAAUACAAUAUUGAAGCAUAUCUUAUGGAAUGUUUAAAGGUUCUAAUUCCUUUAAACAUGAGAGAUAUUUUUCUUGGUUCAGAAAAUAUUAUAUUAGAUAGUAUGAAUACAGGAGAUAUAAAAAAUAUGGAAAUAUUUUGGUUUAAUAAAUUGACAAAAAAUAGACAAAAAAGUAUUAUUGAAUGUUAUACAUCAUUAAAUAAACAAAAGAAAAAAGGAAAAGUAGAAGAUAAUAAUAGUAUAGUGUUUAAUAGUAAUAGUGUUAGUAACAUGGAAAAUAAUGGAAUCCACCUGAGUCAUCUAAAUAAUGAAAAGGACGUGAAUGAAAAAAAUAAUGAAAAUGUAGAAAAUAAUAUGUAUAAUAUUGAUAAUAAUAUUGAUAAUAUUAUGAAGAAAGGGGGAGAAGAUCAUUCUUUAAAUAUACCACGAGAAGAUGAAAUAUUCGAUAAUAAUAAAGAAGUUAUUAUUGUUGAACAUUUGGUACAUAUAUGUAAUAAUCAAAUAAAACUUAUCAAAGAAUAUAUUUCAUAUAUCAAGAAAAACAUAUAUGAUUUAAGUUCAAUUAGCGAAAACAACAACAAAAUUAAAGAAUUGAAAAUAUUAGAACCGUUAAAAAGACGAGAAUAUUUUUUUUAUUUAUACAUAGCAGUAUCUCUGAAAUAUGUUGAGGAGAGAAUAGCAAACGUAUAUUGUGUUCCAGCAGUUAUUAGUCCAGAUAUCAGAGGUUUUAAUUUACAUCCCAUGUUUACUCAUAUAAAUAAAAAACUCGAAGAAAAAUCAAACAAAAAGGAAAAUAUAGGAAAUCCAUGGGAAAAGCUUAAAUUAUUAAAAAAAGGAAAUAAUAAAAAAAAUGAUGGACACACUAGAAAUGAAUUAAAUAAAGGAAAACUUAAAGAAACUGGUACCAUGAAUAAAAGUGAAAUGGAUGAUAAUUUGUUUGAAAAUAAUAUUAAUAUGAAAGAUACACAAGAAGAUAUGAAAAAUAUAGAUGAUACUGAAACAAGUGAUAAAAAAGAAUUAGAUGAUUUAGAAAAGAAGAAAAAAGCAUUAGAAGAAAUGAAAAGAAAGAAAAAAGAAAAAGAUCAUAAAAAAACAUUUAAUAUUUAUUCUUUACUAGAAUCUGCAGCACAAUUUUAUGGUGAAGGUCCAAAAUAUUGUAAUCCAAAUAUGCAUGAAUUUUAUAAAUCAAAUAAUAAUCAAUUAGUAUAUAUAAAACCACCUACAAAUGUAGAAGAAAAAAAUUUAUUAAUAAAUUUCUUUUUACAAUUUCCAAGUUUAAAUAAAAAAUUAGAAUAUAAUAAAAAACGUAUAUAUGCAGAAAAUUAUGGACUUAUAAAAAUUAUUAGAAAUGCAGAAAAUUUACCUAUAAAUUUCGAAUUAAAUACAGAACCUUGGAAAAAUGCUGAAUAUGAAGAAUUAUGGAAUGAACAAAAUAAACUUAACAAUAAUCAAAUAUGGAACAUGUCUAAUAUCAUUAAUUAUGAUAAUCUUUUAGAAUAUAACCAAUUUUCAACUACAAAAACGGAUUUUCUUAAUCAUACAGAUGUAAGUAGAAGCGUCUUAAGAAAAAAUGAAUUUGAUGAUAAUGAUUAUCAAAAGAGUUGUGCUAUUAGUGAAUUUGAAAAAAGUAUGGCAAGAAGUGAAUAUGAAAGAGGUGAAGAUAAGAAGGAAUAUUCUCGAGAAGAAUAUAUUCAUCUGGAUUCUAUACAUAUCGGGGAAAAUAAAAUGGAACCCAAAAAAAAUAAUCAACUAGAUGAUACAGAUAUGAAAAAAGAUAUUAAACCACAAGAAAACAAUAAUAUGGAUAAUGAUAUAUUACCAAAAGUGGAACCUAAAAGUGAACAAAUAAGAAUAAAUAUGGACAAUAUAAAGGAAGAACAUCAUGAUAAAUCUGAUCAGAAUAAUAUAUCACAUAAUGUAUCAUAUGGUGAUGUGAAAAAAACCGAAAUGAGAGAAAAAAAAAAACCAGAAAUUAUAACAAAGAAAUUGAAAAAAAGUAUAACCCAUGAUGACAUGAAACAGAUGAAAUUAACUUCCUUUUUAAGUAAAGAAAAAAUAAAUAAAAAUACGAAUGUAUUGAAAAAAGAAGAAGAGAGUACUAAUAAUAUUGAUAAUAUGAAGAAUGUAUACAAUGUAUGUUCCGAAAAUAAUAUGAAUGAUAAUAAUUCAGGGGAACAUAUUGUAAAAGAUGAAUUAAAUGAUGAAUCAAAUUUAAAAGAUCCUGCGGAUAAUAUGGAUUAUAUUAUAAAAAUAAAAAGAAAGAAAAAAAAAGUAUUAGAUGAUGAACAAAUGAAUCAUUUUACAAAUGAUAAUGCUCAUAAGGAAGCAGAUGUUAUGGAAUCAAAUUCGUUGACUGAUAAUAAGGAAAAUACUGAACGUAGCAAUACAUUUUAUAUUAAUAAUACAAAACAGAGCACAAAAAAAAAUCCCUUUUUAAAGGAGAGCCGGAAUAAGGAAGAUGAUUUGGAUAGCGAAAAUCUGGAAGAAGCGAAGGAGAAAAAAAAAAUCAAGGAGGAGAAGAAAAGAAUCAUGGAUGACAAGAUGGGCUAUGUCUUCGAAUUGGAAGCAGAGGAAAGUGAAGAUGAAAACCUUGAAGAUCCAGAAGAAAGAAAAAAAAUAGAACAGUUUAAAAAAGAACAGUAUGAAGAAAAUGAAUAUGAAGAUGAUCAAUCUAAUAGUGAAGACCUCAAAGAAUUUAUUAACAACGAAGAAUAUAACAGCGAUAAUGAUAUUGUUAAAUUAAAACACGCAGAAGAAAUGGAAAAACUAGAAGAAGAUUUAUUUUAUAAAAAAUUUACAUAUCAAGGAAAGCAAUUUAAUGAUGAGUUAACCAAUAAAGAAAAAUUAGAGCUUGAAAGGGAAAAACAACUUUUAAGAAAAAAAAAAUUAUUAUUAAAUUGUAGUAUAGGUAAUGUAAAAUAUAGUGAUUUUGAAUCCGAUACUAGUACAGAUAGUGACGAUUCUAAAGGAGAUUUUAAAAAUCCUUUGUAUGAACCAUAUAAUGAAUCAGAACAUACAGAUAUUUUAAAAAAAAAUAACAAUUCAUUUGAAUACUUAUAUAAUGAUAAUGUUUUUCAAAAAGGAGAAUGCCUCAACGAAAUCGUGGACGAAAAAAAAAAGAAAAAAAUUCUGGAAAAAAUGGACAAAGUUAUUUACACAAAGGAAGUAAAAACAAAUGAAGGAAAAAAAAUCGUGAUCAAGAAAAAAAGAAAAAUCCGCUUUCAUCAAAAUUUAUCCGAUGUUACUGUAACAGAAGAAGAAAAAUUGGAUGAAUAUGAAAAGACAAAAAAAAAACAAAAAAAACAAAAUGCAAAUUUAAUAGAACAUAACAAGGUCCAAAAUAAUACAAAUAAUAUUAUGAAUCAUAAUAAUAAAGCAUCAAUAAAAUGGAAUAACAAUAUUAAAGAUAUUAGUGAGUUAGACACUCCAACAAAUUCAGAAGUUUUUAAAGGCUUUAGGAAAGUACAGGAAAAAUAA